CUUUACUGACAAUCAGUCAUUUGUUGAGGUUAAAAGCGUGUUGCCGUGCCUGUAUACCGUUAAAAAUUCGCAGUUUUUUAAAAUGGCAUUGCGUGUCCAGUUCGAAAACAAUAAUGAAAUCGGUGUGUUUUCAAAACUCACCAACGCUUAUUGCCUGGUUGGCAUAGGCGGAUCAGAGAAUUUCUACAGUGCGUUCGAGGGUGAGUUACAAGAAACAAUACCCGUUGUCCACGCAUCAUUGGCGGGAUGUAGAAUUAUAGGUAGAAUGUGUGUUGGAAAUAAAAAUGGUUUGCUGGUGCCGAGCACCACUUUAGAUACAGAACUCCAGCACAUCCGAAACGCACUUCCAGAAUCAGUUAAAGUACAGAGGAUAGAAGAGCGAUUAUCCGCAUUGGGAAAUGUUAUAGCAUGUAAUGACUAUGUAGCCUUAGUACACCCUGACUUAGACAGAGAAACAGAAGAAAUAAUUGCAGACACACUGAAAGUGGAAGUAUUCAGACAAACCAUUGCCACCAAUGUUUUAGUUGGAUCAUACUGUGUCCUAAGUAAUCAAGGUGGAUUAGUACAUCCUAGCACAAGCAUAGUUGACCAAGAAGAACUAUCAUCUUUACUACAAGUGCCUCUUGUGGCUGGUACAGUAAACAGAGGUAGUGAAGUAGUAGGAGCUGGCCUUGUGGUGAAUGAUUGGUGUGCUUUUGCUGGCAUGGAUACAACUUCCACAGAACUUACAGUAAUUGAAUCAGUCUUUAAGUUGAAUGAGUCUGCUCCAUCAAAUAUUACAUCCAACAUGAGGGCUACUUUAAUUGAAAGCAUGUCAUAAAUUAUAAGAAAAUAUAUUUCCUGUUAUUUUUUAUUAAUAUGGAUGAGUCAUCAAUGUUUUACAACAGCAUUGUUUUAGAAGAUAAACAUGAAGAGCUAAUAAUAUUAUGUGACUUAAUAUUUUAUAAAAGAAAUACAAGACAUUCAUAUUUUAUUUUACCUCAAUGUUGUUGGAUAAUUUUGUAAUGUUGAAUAAGUAUAAGAAUUUAAAAUAAAGAUGCAUUUUUGUUUA